AUGCAAGUCUAUAUGCAAGCUCAAGGUGUUUGGGAUGUCGUUGAGUCUAAAAAUCCAGUUGAUCCUCAUUCAGACCAGAUUGCAUUGGCAGCAAUCUUUCAAUGGAUCACCGAAGACACCCUGUUACAGUUGGGGGUAAAGAAAUCAGCUAAAGAGAAAUGGGAUGCUCUCAAGGUUAUGAACCUCGGUGCAGAGAGGGUCAAAGAAGUACGAGCACAAGCUCUUAGAUGGGAGCUCGAAAGCAUAAGAAUGGAAAAUGGUGAGUCUGUCGAUGAUUUCACCGGAAAAAUCUCAACUGUUGUCAACAAGCUCCAAGCACUUGGAGAAGUGGUUAAUGAAACAUAUGUAGUUAAGAAAAUGUUGCGUUCAGUAUCCCCUAAGUAUCUUCAGAUUGCCUCAACCAUAGACAAAUUCAGAAAUCUGUAUGUAAAGAUGAUUGAAGAAGUAACUGAUUCUCUCAAAGCUCACGAGGAGAGGUUGCGGAGCUACGACUCUAGAAUAGACGAACACGUGCUACUCACUAAAGGAGAGUGGAAAGCACGAGCUGAGUCCUCAAAAACCAAUGAAAAGCCUGAAAGGAAGAAACAUAAUGAGGCACAUUUAGUGGAACAAUUCGAAGAGGAGUCGACGUUGUUGAUGCUAGAAACCAGUGAGCUGAUUCACAUCGGUGAAGAGAAGGAAGAGGAGCUAAUGCUGAAUGAAGAACAGAUGCAUGACUUUGAAGGAGUAGAAACGAAAGGAACCAUGUGGUACUAUGAUAUGGGGGCAAGCAAUCAUAUGACAAGCAACAAGCAGGCCUUAACCGAUCUUGAUGAAACAGUCAAAGGGAAUGUCAAGUUCGGUGAUGGUUCCGUCGUCAAGCUCGACGAAUCAGGAGCAAAAGUGGUGGUGAAUGGAGGAAUUCUCAGAGUAUAUGACGCAAAGGACAGGUUGAUAGCCAAGGUGCAGAGAACUGAAAAUUGUCUGUAUACGAUGAGGAUGAUACAAGCUAAACCGAAGUGCCACUUGACAAGGUUGUCAGGAAAGUCGUGCCUAUGGCAUGCACGCUAUGGGCAUCUUAACUAUCAAGCUUUACGCAAGCUUGCACAAGAAAGAAUGGUGAAAGGAUUACUAGAGAUAGAAUGGCAUGGAAGACUCCCGAGUGUUCAUCAUAUGCGUGUUUUUUGUUGCAUUGCAUAUGCCAAAAACACAGCUCCUCACUUGAGAAAAUUGGAUGACAGAAGCAUGAAGCUGGUUUUAUUGGGAUAUGAACCAGGGUCCAAAGCAUACCAAUUGGAUAGUCGGGAUGUUGUGUUUCAGGAAGAAGAGAAGUGGAAAUGGUAA